GAUGAUCCAACAUACGUUUGCAACGACAUUGUCGAGAUUGCCACGCAAGCCAACUCUCGCAGCCUGGCCGCUGCAGGUCGGUACCGCCACGCACACCCAGCACACUUCGUCUGGGGCCAUGGCGGCCGCUGCCUACUGUACAGCAGGGCUCGAAUGAAGUUGAGCACCCACAAUGUGGCGUGCCAGCUCCUCCAGCAUAACAACUGGAUAAGGGGGAGAGCGGGGAGGACAAGGAGGGCGAGGCUCUCAAGAAUGACGACGAGCACGAGCAGGACGUGCAGCAAAUGAGGGUCCCUCCGAGCUUGCGGGGCUCUGGGGGCUGCUGGGACCGCUUGCGGGGUGGCCAUUCUGGGUCGCCUUGGGAAGCCCUGCCUCUGCAGAGUGCACCCAAGGACCCCAAACAUGCCCCUAAGCGCCCCCGCCAAAGAGGCCUCGAGAAGGCACACCAAGAGAUCCAAACAAGCAUCCAAAGGCCUCUGGCCCACAACCCAGGUACGGUGGGGGAUGUGCCGAAGGCCACUGUUACCAAACUUCAAUAUUACAUGGGCCAGUGCACCCUGCGAAAAUAUGACUGGUUGGAAGCGUGA